AAUAUUAGUCCGCUCUCGAAUACAUUAUUUCAAAAUACAUCAUAUUUGUGUGCAAAUGCACGACUGCAAGACUGAUAUUGCGUGAUAUUGGAUGAAAUAUCUGCAGCGUUUGUGAAUUGAAGGCGGUUACCGAAUAUAUUUUAGGCGAUUAUAGUGUGAACUACAUGACAUGGCGGAGUAAUAACGAAUGCUCUCUUCGACACUUUUUUGAGAAAGUGCUCUGAGUUUUUGGAAAUAGAAGAGGUUGAGCCAAACUGAACCGGGCUGAAGAGUCCCAGGGGCAGCAUCACUGAAACUGAAAGUUUGCUUUAGUGGUUUCAAACAGAUGCCAAUUUUGCUAUGUCCGAAAUUUCGUUGUUUGUUUACCUUUUUGGUGGUUGGGUUGUAUGAACUGUGCUGUAAUCUCUACUAACACGCGCUCCAGAAGUCGGCUGACGAUUUCAGGGACCGGGUCCUCUAACUAGAAUGUUACCAAGCCAGGCUGGAUCAGCACAAUCUGGAAACGGGUCAGCGUCUGUCAGGGGUAACACAGGUCACGGUUCUGGGGUCAUUGGGAGUGGGAUUCGCCCCAUGUUGGUCAGAGCAGGGCAAUCGAUAACUGGGGUCAGCGACAGCACCGGUGCGGUUGGGAUGUUGGGGAGCAACAGUCCAGGAGUGGGUGCAAGAGGUGGGGCGAGACCAGGGAACGGGACGGGACUGACGACUACACAGACCGCCGGCCAGGGAGGCAUCGGAGGUCUGAUCAUGGGAGUUGGGGUUCACGGAGGCAGCCGGUACGACCCGGACAAAGAGUGUGCGCCAAUGGGGUGCAGUGGGUCGGACGCUGAUUCGGACUCGGGGGAUGAUGAAGAUCCGAUGUGUUCAAUCGGGGACAACAGAAGAGGAGUAAAGCGGGAGAGACUAGAGAUGGAGGCUGCGGUGACAGGGCAGGAGGCGGGGGUACCACCGGGGGGUUAUGGCGUGGUCCCUCGAGGUGUUGCUGGCGCAAAGCCAGGGAAGAAGACACGUGGACGCGUGAAGAUAAAAAUGGAAUUUAUCGACAACAAGUUGAGGCGAUACACAACUUUUAGCAAGAGGAAGACUGGUAUAAUGAAGAAGGCCUAUGAGCUCUCCACGUUGACAGGAACCCAGGUCCUGCUACUGGUGGCCAGUGAGACGGGCCAUGUCUACACGUUUGCCACGCGGAAGCUCCAGCCCAUGAUCACCAGCGAGACGGGCAAGGCCCUCAUCCAGACGUGCCUCAACUCUCCGGACUCGCCCCCCCGCAACGACCCCUCCACUGACCAGCGUAUGAGCGCCACGGGCUUCGAGGAGACGGACCUCAGCUACCAGGUGUCUGAGUCGGAGAGCCUUGGGGAGACCAAGGACCAGCUAAAGCCUGUGUUUACAGUGGCCAGCCUCCCCGGCACCACCAGUACCCACACACCCACGGCCCCCACCACCUCCACCACCAUGCAGGUGAGCAGCGGACCCUCCUUCCCCAUCACCAACUACCUGGCACCCGUCUCUUCUAGCAGCAAUGUCAACGGCACAGUCCUCAAGACCACCGGUGCCUCCGGAGGGCAGGUCAUGCAGCUACCCAGCGGCUUUACCUUCAUGUCAGCAGGCACUCCUCUCCCCCCCGGCACCCCCACCAUUCCGCUCAGCCAGCUGCACCAGCAGUCCCUGGCCAUCUCGGGGCAGCGGGGCCAGACGCUCACCGCAUCGCAACUGACACAGCAGGGCCAGCAGGCUGUCUUUCGAUUCCCCGCUGCAGUCUCCCUAGGGGGAGGGAUGAACCAGCAGCUGCAGGCCAUCCAGGUGCACCCCGCCACACACACCAACGACAGCAGCUCGGAGAUCUCCCAGACCUCGACUGUCUCCACUGCGACCAUCGUCACGUCGUCUGUGCCCACGUCCAUGGCGGGUCAUAUGAUGUACACCAGCCCCCACACAGUGAUGUACGCGUCCAGUGAUGUGCUCAACGCCUUUUCCCAGGGCCCCUCAGCCAUGCAGGUGUCCCACGGACAGGGCCAGGACACAGGUGAGACAACGCUUGACUACAGUAGGCUACGCUGGGACGCAGGUGCUGUCCCUCAGGUAUUCCUUACGGCACCCUCAGGCACCAUGCAGAUCCCGGUUUCUGCAGUGCAGCUACACCCAGUACGGCAAGACCUACAUUUUACAAAUGGUGAUUGGUCAGCAGUCGAGCGGCAGCAGCAGUAACCUGACAGAGCUACAGGUGGUCAACCUGGACACCCCACAGAACACUAAGAACGACUGACGGACACACUGAGGCCCAGGGAAACCGGCCAGACAGACAGACAGACCUCUAUUUAUUGAUGCCUUCCAUCAGCAUUUCAUUUUACACCUCUGUGUGUUGCAUUUACAGUCAAAUACUGUAAGUGUGCACACGCACGGAAGGGUAUGUGUGUCGCUAACCCUUGUAUGUGAGUAGAUGUUUGAAAAUACGUAUGUAUUCAUUCACUAAAGCAUAGGAAGGAAUUGAAAUAUUCACUACAUCCUCCUUUUGGAUCACCUUGUAUGUAUUUUUAUUUUUUUUAUCUGUAAUUAUUUGUCAAGUGCACACGAUGCAGGUGCUGCGGCUCCACACGUCAGCCAAAGAGACCUUCAUGUGUGUGAAUGUUUGUGUGUGUGGGUGUGUUUGUGCACGAGAAUGCAUGCGUGUGUGUAUAUGUGCAAACGUGGGAUUUAUAAAUGGGAAGGGUAUGGGGGACUUUGAGGUUAGACAUUUGUAAAUGUACAUAAUUAUUUUUUAAAUUGAAUCAAAUUGUAUUUUUAGCCUGUUUGUGCGAUGGCAUGUAGUUGUUUUAUAUGUAGUUUUGUAUAUGCAACUAAUUUGCAUAUAUAAUUAAUUAUUUACACACCAUGUACACUGAGUGUACAAAACAUUAUGAACACCUGCUCUUUCCAUGACAUACACUAUCCAGGUGAACGCGAUGGUCUCUUAUUGAUGUCACUUGUUAAAUCCACUUCAAUCAGUGUAGAUGAAGGUGAGGAGAAAGGUUAAAGAAGGAU